CCUACUUUACACUCUUCAAUGCUUGUAACAGAUUAUAUCUCUACUUAAUGAUACAACAUAAUAUAUAAUAUAUAUACUUCACAAAAACCUUCAUGACUUGAACCCCGUCACACCGUCUUUCAGUGUGAAUAUGGCACUCCUUCAGGAUUACAGCACAGCUGUGUUGAUCUGGGUUUAAAUUCUGCUUUUGGUUCUUUACCAUCGGUUCUGUGGGACUCAACAAAUGAACCUCCAGGGCCAAAAACAUUGUCACUACUAGGAAAUCUGCUAAGGCUGGAUGUCAACAAACCAUAUUUGAGUCUCUGUGAGAAGCUGUGUUGUGAAGUGAUGAAGUUCAUUUGUGUGACUCUGAUGGUUAUUAUUGGAAUUACAGAUUCAACAGCAGAUCAGUUUGUUGUUGUUGGACCUGCAUCUCCUCUUCUCGCUGUAUCUGGUGAAGAUGUGAUUCUGCCCUGCUCUCUCAUACCCCAAAUCAGUGCUGUAAACAUGAGAGUCGAGUGGUUUAGACUUGAUCUCAAAGACUCAGUAGUUCAUCUCUAUGAAGAUCAUGAAGACAAAAACACAAAUCAGCUUCAGUCGUACAGAGGAAGAACUGAAGUGUUUAAAGAUGAACUACAGAAAGGAAACACAUCACUUAAACUCUCAAGAGUUCAGAUCUCUGAUGAAGGACUUUAUAAAUGUUUAAUUCAGUCCAAAACCAACUAUGAUGACAUCACUGUUGAUCUCAGAGUUGAAGCUGUAGGAAGUCCUCCACUCAUCACUGUAGAUGGAUUUGAUGUUUCUGGUGGUCUUUAUCUUCAGUGUGAAUCUAAAGGUUGGUACCCUGAACCUGAACUUGUGUGGCUGGACAGUGAAGGAGUCACUUUGACAUCUGAAAAUACAGACAAACAGAGAGAGACAGAUGGAUUCAGAGUGAAACACAUGAUCACUGUAUAUAACAGAGACAGUAAAUAUCACUGUAGAGUCAAACUGAGACAUCACAUGAUGGAGACUGAGAUUAUUACAUCAAGUAAAAUGUUUAACUCUUUGAGGUCAUCAGUGAUCUUGAUUUCUGUUGGAUCUGUGCUCAGUGUGAUCGCUGGAUUACUGAUCGCUGUGUUCAUCUAUAGACACAGAGGACUACAGAGAAAGAAACAGAGAGAAGAAGAGAGGCUACAGAGGGAAGAAAUGAGAAUAAAAAAUGAACGUGAGAGACUUUCACUGAUAGAGAAGGGGACAGUAGGAUGUUGUGAGUUUAUUUUCAAUGUCUUUAUUAAAUGA